AUGCCAUCGGUUCUCCACGAAGUCGACCCCGAUGGCGGUCUCAUCGCCGUCCUGAAGGAACCCAAUACACAGAGAGUCAUUCCCGAUAUCUAUCUUCCCCCACCCAAGGGAUCUGAGAAUCCCGACUUUGUUCUCGACUCCACCGAAGUGUUAACAAACUUCGAUUGUUCUGGGUAUCCUUCAAAGGAGGAUCAGGAUGAUGGAAGCCCACUCGAAAUUCGAUAUCGAGUGUCGUCUCGUCAUUUGAUGUUGGCCUCAGUGACUUUCAAGAAGAUGCUCAGUGGCCCAUGGAAAGAAGCUUCCCCUGGCGAUCAAGAACCAUCGAGCUCGGAGGUUUCUCACAGUCCCUGCAUCCACAUCCGCGAAGUCUCAGCAAUCGGAUGGCAUGCCGAUGCUUUGUUGACAGUCUUCAAAAUCAUUCACAGCCAAUGCUCCGAAGUUCCUUGUGCUGUUUCCCUCAAGUAUCUCACCAAUGUGGCUCUUAUUGCCAACUACUACCAAUGCGCUGGGGCGUUGUCCCUUGCGGUACAGUUGUGGAUCAAGCAGGGCUACGGGUUCAAGUGGUUCAAGGAGUCCGGCCUCCCAUAUGGAACGAAGCUCAUCAUGUGGCUUUUCAUUGCCUGGGUAUUCUCCCAAAGCCCUUUGCCUGGUAAUGCGGCGCAUCAGGGCUUGCUUUUUGAGGCGUCCCGUAGUGUGACGCACGAAAGCUACGGACUGUCGUAUAUCGAGACUUACGAUCUUCCGAUCAGUGAAAUCCUCGCUCCUCUGGAGAAAAAGAGAUUGAAUGGCCUCCGAAGCCUUACUUCUGCACUGAGCAACAUGAACGGGAAGGUGAAGCGCAACGAACUAGGUUGUGAUAAUCACCGAUGCACAGCGAUGGUUAUUGGUUCACUGGAACUGAAUCUCGAAGAGCAUCCCGAGUUGACAGUCGAAGAUGGAAACUACGAUGGACUGUCUAUAAAGGAUGUCAUCAACGCGGUACAAGACGAAUUUGGACCGAGCGAAGACGAAAUGCAAGAUGGCAUGCAUCUAUGCACACCCAAGUCACUCAUGAAACACAUCAUCAAAGACGUCCAACGUGAGAUCAGGUUUAGCCCUGACUGGCCGGUGCGCAAAGGGAUCAUGCUCUAA